AGAAAACAGUGAAGUAAGCAGCAAAGCAGAGAGAUUUUACAGUCCUCUGGGAGUCUUUCCUCGGAAGAGCAGCUGCAAAGAAGUGAAAAGUUAGAAGAAAAAACAAGAGCUAACAAAAAAUGAAUACAGACAUCACAGCAUCAGCAAAGCCAGAAUAUCCAGUUAUAGAUCGCAACCCACCCUUCACCAAGGUCGUGGGCAACUUCAGCACCCUUGACUACCUCCGCCUCACCACCAUCACCGGCGUUUCAGUCACGGUCGGCUACCUCUCCGGAAUAAAGCCUGGGAUAAGGGGCCCAUCAAUGGUGACUGGGGGAUUAAUUGGACUGAUGGGUGGGUUCAUGUACGCGUACCAGAAUUCUGCAGGGAGGCUUAUGGGAUUUUUCCCUAAUGAUGGAGAGGUAGCCAAGUACAAGAAGUUGCUCUAGGGUUCUUGCCCUGUCUUGUGCUAAUUUGUAGCAUUUCUUUACGUUUUCUAGAGAUAAUUGAGGAAAGGAAGGAACUUUGUGACGGUUUUGGUGAAAAAGGUGCUAUGAGAAAUAAUUAGACUCUGGCUACUCUUUGAUUCGGAUUGUUUUUGUUCUCAGUUUAUAUAUUGAUCAUUCAAGAUGCUUCUUUUACUCCCAAUUUGGAUUGUUGUCUUAGCCCUGCAGUUCUUAAGCUUUUCUUCUUCUUUUCCUUUUUAGCUGGACUCUAAUUGGUGUCAUUGUAUUUUUGGGCUUUUUUGGGUUUCUGAAAAGCUGUCGCUGAUGAAUAUUUGAUAUAUGAAACCGCAUUGCCAAAUAUCUUGGAGUAGCAUUGUCAAAUGACUUCUGUUUUAGAUCCCCUCAUCUUUUCCUUUCUAUCGAAAAAUAGAAAGAUUUAAGUUGCUUAAGUUUGCUGUCUCGGUGCUUGAUUGAGACUUUAUUUGCAGUGCUUGCUUAUUGUCGUGGUAGUGCCUAGGGCCUAUGCUGGUCUUUGCUUAUUGUGUUUGAUAAUUUGUCAUGGUUACUCGUCCAUCUCAACAUUGAAGGUUUUAUUAUGAUGAGAGCACUUAGAGCCCCUUUUUUUGAAUUGAGAACUAUAUGAUGCUCUAGGUCAAUGGAAGUUGCAUCUGUUGGCUUUAUCAUUACCUGCUUAAUCGGACAUUUAUUAGAUGUUUCUUUUGGUUUUGCUAAAGUUAUCCAUAAGGAAUGACAGUUUUUUAAUAUAAUGGUUCUCCACUCUGGUCAGUUUAUCGUUCAUGCAUGGAAUAUAUAGUUCAAAAGUUGCUUCAAGGAUGAUUGCCAUUACUGCAAGCAUCGUUCUGCUUAUAUUGUAACCUGAAUUGCGCUUUGGUAAGUAUGGACAUCAUAGUGAGUUCUAUGAGUGGUCUCUUAAUGUUAUUUGAGCUCUGAAUACGAGUCUGUAUUGAUUCACGAACCAAGCAUGCUUUGUUGAAGCUAGCAUUUCGACAGUAGCUCAUGAGUUUUCUGUAAUCAAAAUUGAGGUGCAUACUUCUUUUUAGUUGUGACCAUCAAAAUCUAUUAAGAGUUGAUUUCUCAACAACAAUGUACCCCUCAUUCAAACCUGUUAUGUUUCCUUGUAUGAAGAUUAACACUUUGGAUAUUCUACUUUUCUUUUUCUUCCUUUGUUUCUUCUUACUACACUUCUUAAUGAUACUGAGUUAAACAAUGAGUUGAUUGUCCUUAUGAGUUAAAGAUCCAAGCUUGUAGUAAAGAUUGCUCUUCUUUUAUCUUCUCCAAAUCCAUGGUAAUGCAUGCCUUCGAUUUUUGCUUUGGAUGCAAUGUAUUCUGUCAUCAGUUACGGGGCAUGAUACAUUUAACAGAUGUCCAAUAGAAAGAGCAAGGGAUUAUGGUUUAGAUUUCAGUUUGCAUUCACACUUGCAAAUUGGUGAAUAGUUCUACAAUAUACAGGAAGGCCAUGAUCCAGAUGGGAUUGUCUUGUUUAUUGUCAUAUGUAUGUGAAUAAGCAUCUUCCAGAUGCGAUGACAUUGUUGGAAGCCAGCAGAAAGAUUCGACAGUGGUCGUCACUGAAGUUGUGUGGUGUAAACAGGUGAUGGUUAAUCUUAUUCCUCCUUAGGAAGAUGGAAGAAAACAAAACAUCAGGAGGGAAACAAGGACAUCAUAACUCAUAGCUACAUAACUGGUAACUCAGAAUUGAUCGGCGCCCUCUACUUUGUUUCCUGGAAGGGAUUAGCUGGCUUGUAGAGCAUUUACUCCUAGCUUUAGUUGCCUUAGCUUCAUGAGCUUCAGAAUGAACGAAAAUAAGAGAAGACUUGAAGCUUUUAAAACCUAUUGUCAAGAUUGAUGGAGAAGCUGACGCGAAUAGUGCAAAUCGGACUUUGGCAUUGUUGCUGGCCUAAUAAAAAUGCCCGCACGGACAGUUGACUAAAGCUCAACCAGUGAAAGCAUCGUAGGACAAAAUUCAGGAAGAUUCUUAGGAAGUGGGGGGAAGAGUUGCUGAUUGUUGCAUUAAAUACUAUAAAAUUUUCAUAUUGGAAAUUUUCAACGGGGUACGGUCCCAUGACAAGAAUCAAAUGCAGCAAAUCUACCUAUCUGUUCUAUAUCCACGGGUCCCAUGCAGGAAUUAAAAAACAGCAAAUCUACCUAUCUGCCCUAUAUCCGCUGGACACGUAUAGAAGCUCUUCUCGUUUUCAACAGCCUAUUCGAUUCAUCAAAGUUAACUUGUCAUCAUGUAGUUUAAGGCCACCAUUCAUCCAUUACUGACUUUCAUUGCUCAAGCUUCUGUUCAACUCUCCAUCUGACUUAUCGAACUCCUCAGAAUCAAUAGCUAAACCAAGUCCCGAUCCAAGAAAAUCGAAACCCAUCUAAAAUCUCCUCUUCUUUUAGUUCCCUGUCUAUACUUAUUCGGUUCUUCCUUGGCCAUCCAAACCAGACAAUCCAAAAAGCCAAGAUGCAAACUUUUUUCCUCUCACUGAUCCUCUUGUGCCUCGCUAUUCCACUUCAGUCCAGAACGCUACCCCCUCCAUCAAUCCCACUUUACAAAACGCUCUUUCGUCUUUCCAUCAAAAUGAAAGUUAACUUGUCAUUAUGUAGUUUAAGGCCACCAAACAUCCAUUACUGACUUUCAUUCUAUUCAACUCUCCAUCUGACUUAUCGAACUCCUCAGAAUCAAUGGCUAAACCAAGUCCCGAUCCAAGAAAAUCGAAACCCAUGUAAAACCUCCUCUUCUUUGAGUUCCCUGUCUAUACUCUAUACUCAUUCGGUUCUUCCUUGACCAUCCAAACCAGACAAUCCAAAAAGCCAAGAUGCAAACUUUUUUCCUCUCACUGAUCCUGUUGCGCCUCACUAUUCCACUUCAGUGCAGAACGCUACCCUUCCAUCAAUCUCACUUUACAAAACGCUCUUUCCAUCAAAAUGAUCGCAACGUUUCCCCACCGCAAGAAUAUUUUGAAGUCACCAAGCCACUUCCAUUCGACGGCGUCCACGCAACAUGCACUCUCCCAAUCCUCACUCACAAUUUCAGCAACACUUGCGGCCUUCCCCCCCUCUCCGUUCCUUACUUUCCGCCCCUGAAUUGCAUCUGGACUCACGUCACUCUCGAGAUCCAAGCCUCUUGUCAAGGGGAGCAAUACGACCGCAUAGCCGCCCUCUGGCUCGGUGGAGCCGAGCUGAUCCGCACCAGCACGGCUGAGCCCACAGCUGAUGGAAUUUUCUGGACGGUUAGGAAGGACGUCACCAGGUAUUCUUCUCUUUUAUCACAGAACAACCUUACUCUCUCCGUCAUGCUUGAAAACAUCGUUAAUGAAGUCUUUACUGGCGUUUACCAAGUUAAUGUUACCUUCCUUUACUAUGAUGCUAACGCCAAAAAUGUUAAGCCUUUGUUAGCUUUGCCUUCAGAGAAUUACUGGCCUAGUAGUAGGAAAUUGAAAUCUGUGUACAACCCUUUAGAACCACUGGUGGAUUCUGAAAAGGGUUCCUUUGAUUUACUAUAUGAGAAACCAGCGGAUUUGAUCAUUCCUAUUUCAGAGGUUGGAGAUGAAGGGUAUUGGUUUAGGAUUCAGAAUGAAUCAGAUAUUCAUUCCAGAGGAGUUCGAAUUCCUCAGAAUACAUAUAGAGCUGUGGUUGAAAUUUACGUGUCAUUUCAUGGGGAUGACGAGUUUUGGUACUCUAACCCUCCUGAUUCAUACUUAAAGGUGGCAAAUGAUGAUGAGGCUCAGCAUGUGAAUCCUUCUGAUUCAUAUGCAAACAUGAAUAAGGUGACUAUGGGGCGAGGCCACGGUGCUUACCGUGAAGUUUUGGUGAUGAUUGAUGGGAAUCUUGUUGGAUCAGUGGUACCUUUUCCGGUGAUAUUCACUGGUGGAAUUAAUCCCUUAUUUUGGGAGCCAGUGGUUUCCAUUGGAGCAUUUGAUCUUCCUUCAUAUGAUGCAGAGUUGACACCCUAUUUAGGCUUGCUUCUCGACGGGAAGGUGCAUUCUUUUUCGCUUCGAGUGGCCGAUGGUAUUUCAUUUUGGCUUGUGGAUGCAAAUUUGCAUCUCUGGUUGGAUGCUGGUUCAGAGGAGGUUCUGGCUGGAAUUGCUUUUAGUUCUCCCGAGUUUUCUUUAGAGCGUGAAUUGAAGUUUGCUGGGCUUGAUGGAAAGUUUCAAAUCGAGGCAGAGAGGGAGACUAAGAUUUGUGGCUGGGUGAGCUCAACUGCUGGCAAUUUUACUACCUCAGUUUCGCAAAAGUUGAAGUUCAAGAACUCUAUAAAGUUUUAUAACAAUGGCACUCGGAAAUUGGUUAAGCAGAAAGUGAAGGACAAGAUUGAAGUGAGGAUUGAAUCUGGUACCGGUCACAGGAUUCUCCAUACAAAGACUAAAAGAACUUAUCCGCUAAAAAUUACCACUGAAACACUUCCUGGGGGAAAUAAUACUUAUUCGAUGAUCGCUAGAGUGAAAAAUUCGGUGAAGGAGAAGAAGACUGUGGGGGGUGCUAAAAGCACUUUGCAAAACAGCCAGAAGUCGAGUGGGUGGAUGUCUGUCAAGGAUCAUGAAGUCCUUUCUGGUGGUGCAAGUACUGAGCAAAAUUACAGUUACGAGGAUGGGUUAGAAUGCUACUCGCGGGUAGUUGAAGCUGAAAAUGGUACUCUUCUUAAGGACGCUGCUAGAAUUCUAUGUGCAACUUCCUCUUAAUUUUGCUUUUGGUUUGUUUUAAGAAAUCUUUGUAGUUAAAACUUUUAUGUGUGCAAAUUCUGAAGUAUCCCCUGGGGAAUUCUGAAGCCCAGACUGAGUUAACCUAGAUAUACCGCGGUUGGUCCGGAAGUAGAAGCAAGCUGCCAUAGAUUGUUUGUGCUCUGCUGCAGUUUAUCUGGACAGUUCUUGAUUUAAACCGCUUGGUUUCAGAGGUUCUUUUAAGUUUUGUACAGCUACUUUAAUCAGCUUUAUUUACUUGUUUGUCCUAGCUUAAUAUACUUGAUGGAUGUUGGAUGCUUUUUGCCCCUCCA